GGAAUCACAUGAUUUAAACAAGAAAAUCUCCCAGCUGAUCCUCACUUAUUAUUUCUGUAGUUCACUUGGUUAUUACAUUAUGAAUCUUGAUGGAUUAACAACAGAUGAGAUUGAUUUAAUCAAGAAAACAUUUCAUCAGUUCGAUUAUCGUAAAAUUGGUUUCAUAUCUCAUGAAGAAUUUGCUGACGCACUACGUUGGAUGAAAUUAAUACCUUCUGAGGAAGAAAUAGCAAAAGUCUUAAAGGAAAUUGAUCCAGAAAAUCUAGGACGCAUUAAAAUUGACGCAUUUGUUCGUGGUGCACUGAAAUUCUGGUUCCCAUCACCACAAAGUUUAGAAGCACAUUUAUGGGAUGCAUUUUCAGUAUUCGAUAAAGACCUGAAAGGUAGUAUAUCAAGUGAUUUAUUAAGGGAAAUUUUAACUAUGAAUGAUACGGAACCGAUACCAGAAAAGGAAGUGAACAAGAUUAUCAAAUACUAUGAAAAUACGUCUGAUAAGACAAUUAGAUACGGAUUAAUAAUCGGUGACUGGAUGAAGUGAUAUCUGAAGAUUAAGGCGGAUAAUUAAAGGCUGAAAUGAUAGAAAAAGAGUGAAGGAAGACAUCCCAGGGAGUCAGUUUCCCAAGAGUAUCGUUUUAUCUAUGGAUUUAGUUCCUUUGAAAAAAACCCAGUUUGUUUCAAUUCUGGACAGUCAAUAAAGACUGUAAGAAAAUUGUUCAUUCAAAGUCUUUUGUUAGCAG